AUGGAUCAAUCGACACCAUUUUCAGUUACAUCGUCAAACAUUUCAACUACGUCAACGAUCAUUACAAGCACACCAGCGUCUAGUCAUUCAGUAAUUGUUGAUCCAUCAUCGUCUGAUGAGAAGCCUGGUGCAAGCACUUCUGUUUUAUUUAGUUCAAUUCCAACAGUGUCAAGUGAUCCACAACAUACUCCAAAAAGAGUUUCAUCUUCAACACUUUCGAGUCCCGUGUUGACUCCACCAACAGGAAAAAUUCUUAGUCGAAACUGCAAUGGUACAAAGAAUCAAACCAAAAAAAAAGUCUUUGAGAAGUUUUUAUGUUCUGUCCACGUCUGGGCGAUAAAAGAUUAA